AAACGCGCUAGUGCCUCCUCAUCGCUCGUGCACCACGAAAGUACCGUAUCAACGCAUUCUCACGUCGCGCAUCUAUCCAUCCAUUCGUCCACGCGACGGCAUUGCCGUGUUUUUUCGGAGCGACGCGACGCGCGAGAGAGCGCGCGCGCGGGCGCGCGACAGAGAGAGGCAUUUCGAGAGCAGGUUUCGUCCAGACAGACGGAGGAUCGCAAGGAGAAAGAAGAACGCGAAUGAUGUCGAGCGAGAAUGACAGCGAGAUGGACUGCUCGGAUUCCGACUGCGGUGAUCCGGGCUACGAGGACUACUACAACGUCCAGCCGUGGGGUGGCGACGUGGACAACGACGUGGACCCCGAACAGAACAGGAAAGACCCGGAGUUCGCGAUUUUCGACUGUCUGCGUGUCGAGGAGGUGGAGCGGCUACUGAAUGAGAGUGUAGAGCUGUUGAGUAACAGUCUUCAUGUUACGCCAUCCCUAGCCAAAGUGUUGCUGCAUGCGCACAACUGGGCGUUACAGGAAAUUAUCACGAAAUACCGUACCAAUGCUUCCAGUUUACUGAUUAGCUCGAAGAUUAAGCCUACCCUGGAACAAGUGCCAGGGACGAAGGGCCAGCGGGGUGGCUUGUGUUCGGUUUGCGUAAUGAUCUGCCCUGCAGAGAAGUUCUCUACACUAACGUGCGGACACUCGUUUUGCAAAGACUGCUGGUGUAUGCAUUUUGAAGUACAAAUAACUCAAGGUAUAUCUACCGGUAUAAGCUGCAUGGCACAAGAUUGCGAUGUCCUAGCUCCAGAGGACUUUGUCCUUUCCCUACUUACUAAGCCUAACAUGAGAGAAAGGUAUCAGCAGUUUGCUUUCUGUGAUUACGUCAAGUCUCAUCCACAACUACGAUUCUGUCCCGGUCCAAAUUGCCAAAUAGUUUUACGCUCGAAGGAACAACGAGCGAAGAGGGUCAUGUGUUCAUCGUGUAAAACUAUAUUCUGUUUCCGAUGUGGUAUGGACUACCAUGCACCUACAGAUUGCAGUACAAUUAAAAAAUGGCUGACGAAAUGCGCGGACGACUCCGAGACAGCGAAUUACAUUAGUGCUCAUACCAAAGAUUGUCCAAAAUGUCAUAUCUGCAUAGAGAAGAAUGGUGGCUGCAAUCACAUGCAAUGUUACAAUUGCAAGCAUGACUUCUGCUGGAUGUGCCUUGGGGAUUGGAAAGCACACGGUAGCGAAUAUUACGAAUGCUCGCGUUACAAGGAGAAUCCCAACAUCGCGCACGAGAGUGUCCACGCGCAAGCGAGAGAAGCACUGAAGAAAUACCUCCACUAUUAUGAGCGAUGGGAAAAUCAUAGUAAAUCGUUAAAGUUGGAAGAGCAAACGUUAGAAGGGAUUAAGAUGAGAAUUAACAAUAAGGUGAUGAACGCGAGUGGCACUUGGAUAGAUUGGCAACACCUGUUUGAAGCAGCGUCACUCUUAGCGCGGUGCCGUUACACCUUGCAGUACACUUAUCCAUACGCCUAUUACAUGGAAUCUGGCUCGCGCAAGGAACUGUUCGAGUAUCAACAAGCUCAAUUGGAGGCGGAGAUAGAAAAUCUCUCGUGGAAGAUUGAAAGAGCGGAAACGACGGAUCGGGGAGACCUAGAAAAUCAAAUGGAUAUCGCAGAAAAGCGUCGCGUUACUUUAUUGAAGGAUUUCCUCGAGGUAUAAUUAUAACAGAAUGCUAGGCUUUAUUUUCAGUCGCAGUCCACGAAAUCUAAUCUGAAAUCAGAUCACAAUUUUUUAUUUUUCAAAUGCCGUCUAUGUACAAUGCAAAAAAAGUUAUUUUACAUAUACAUAUUACAUAUAUACAUAUAUUAAUAUGUAUAUUUAUAUAUACAUAUAUACGUAUAAUUGUAUGUACAUAUACUUGAUAUAUGUGUAUACGUAAAUUAAGUAUAUACACACAUUUUUGAUAUAUGUAUAUACAUACAUCAAAAAUACGAUCAUGAUGUCAUGUGUACGAAAUAGUUAUGCGGUAUUUAAUUAAGAAUAAUUGUAAUUAGUUCACUUUUCACAUAAUAUCUUUUGUACUAAGCUAUUGUGGAAUGCGACUGUAAAGGUUAUAAGGAUGUGAUUUUGUCAGAGUAUUAUCAGUGCAGAAAAUAAUUUAGCAACGCCAUGUCUUCUGAAUUAUUGUUUGACUCUGAUGACACAGAUUGUAACAAUAUUAUGUAUAUUAGUAUUGAUUUCAAGUUGUAAAGACGAAUUUUUUUUCACGUUUUAUCAAAACAAUCAUUAAGAUAAUUUGUCUUACUCGCGGCAACAAAGACUAGACUCUACUUAAAUUCCAGGAAACAUUAUUAAUAUAGACAAAUAGAUGAAAUCCAUAAGGAAAGUAUUAACUGUAUCGACGACUGAUUUAUCGAAAAAUUCGAUGCUAAAAAACGUAUAUGCAUAUACAUGUAUAUUCCUUUCCUAGUCUAAGAGUAUUUUUCAAAAGUACGCUACAGCGAAACGUCCUCUCCCCGUUUUCCUUUUCUCAUUCUGUAUUCACCGAAGUAUACAUAUACAUUUCUACUGACGCUAAUCGCACAGUUCGAUAGAAGGCACCGUGUGAAAGGUACGAGAAACAACGGAGAACUAUACGUCUUCGCUUCGUUGUUCGCGACCCUCUCCCCGAACCUUAUUCGAAGUAUUGUUAACGUUUAAGAUACAUUUAUGCCCAAUAACCAACUAAAAGAAAAAAGAAGCGGUAGCCUAAUUUAAGUACUCCGGUGCCAAGGUACCACUCCGCCGUGUAUAUAUAUGUAUGCAGAAUUAAACGUACGUCGAGCGACAGAUAGAGGGAGAUGCGACGCAUUUUCUAUUAAAAUAGAUUUUAAAGAACACAUGCAACGAUCAAAGAUAUCCGCGAUACACAUCUAGCUAUAACCGAACCUGCAUAUUUUCUAAGCUAUUAUUUAAAAGAAAAAAAAAA